AGGAAGCGGUGGAACGUGGAAGACCGGGGAAACAAAUAAAAUCAAAGCCUGGGUUCUGUGUUGGUUUGAAACCCUAACCAUGCGUGCUGGGUUUCUCGUGCAUUCACUAUCUGCAAAGAGGAAGAAUCGCUGAAUUCGAUACUUAAACUUUCAUAUUUCGCCGGAAAAUGAGCGGCGACGAUGAUAACCGGAAACGGAGCAGCCAAUGGCCGCGGUCGCCGGGCAGGCCCUAUCAGAACAAAGAGGAAGACAUGAAGCUCUGGGGGAUUUUCGUCUUUGGCUUCAUUGGCGCCACCGCAACUACUUUGGCGGUUUUUCAGCUUCGUAGGACUGUUGAUUGGGUCUAUACUCAGUUGUUCAGAUCACAGUCAUCAUGGAGAGGAGGGAGUGGUGGUACAAGUCGGACAUCUUUUCAGGAGGAAGCAUGGAAAAGAUAUAAUCGGCGCAUGCAGGAGGAGUAUGAAGAAGAAUUGGAGAGAGUGGAACGUAUAAGGCGUAUGCAGAAUGUGUUCAAUAGAGAGAGGAACAAAUACAAAAGGAGCUAUGAGACCUGGAGGGAAAAUGGUCAGGGUCAGUAUCAUCAACAUUUCCAAAGAGAGGAUUGGUAUUGGAAGACUGAGACAUCCUUCAAAGACCGGAGGAGUAACUACAGGGAAACUCCUAGAGAACAUGGCAACUAUUUGUUAUCGCAGCACUACUCAAUUUUAGGCCUUGACAGGUUUAGAAAAGCACCAUACACAGAUGCUGAGAUUAAGACAGCAUUUAGGACCAAGGCAAAGGAAUUUCACCCAGAUCAAAACCAAGAUAAUAAAGAGGCCGCUGAAGCAAAGUUCAAAGAAGUAAUGGUGUCCUAUGAGGCCAUAAAGAAGGAGAGGGGAAACCUAUGAAUCUAUGAAUUUGUUGGGUACAGAUUUAUGAAUCGUUAAGUCUACUGGAAGCACGAAGGGUUAUGAAGCGGCAACAGGGCACCGCAUUUCUUUACCUUAUUAGUCAACGGCAAACAACCCAACUUUGGGGUAGAAUAAUUUUCACAUUUCCAGGAAGAGCCCGAAAGUGAGUCUGUAAUAUUGUAUUACACAGGAAUAAUUGCUAAUUUUUGAUACCUGCAUAAAGUAGAGCUUUGUAUUUGGCGAACAUGCUUUUAUACAUGCAGAGGCUUUGUAAUAUAUUCUUCAAAUACGUUUCACAGAAUGUAUAACGUAUAUAAUUCUCAAUUCUGUUGCUAGUUGUGACCA